AUGGCCAUCAAAUUGGUUGAGCACGUCAAGGCACGCACCAGGAGCGUCCAGCUGGACAAGUCCGCCGCCCCCGACACCUCCAGGAGAUACAGUAGCUUGCCGGCAACCGUGGAUAUCUUCAAGGGGAAAACCAAAGCAAAUGCCAAGCUUGCCUCGGAAGUAUCCUCGGACUCUACUGCAACCGUUCGCCGCUACAAGAGCUUGCUUGACGUCGAAGACGCGCCCAAGAUUGGGCCCAACAAACCCAUAUCAUACGAGGAUCUUUAUCAGAACACCCACCACAAAACCCCACCCGCCAAACGGCCUUGUCCGGAACCUAACCAGGAGCCCCGGGACCCCCAGGACCCCCAGGACCCCAGCCAGACAGCCAAAGUGGACAAAGCUCUGUCGACCAAUUCUGAAGGUUCUCCUGCUACCUCCCCGCCCCCCUCGCGGGCGCCUACUUCGCCUCCCGAAGAGCCCGUUUCUGACUCCUACCUAGCUGGUGUUGCCCCCUCGGCUCCAUCCAGCGAUCUUAGGAACAUUGUUCGUCGCAAGCUGACUGGCUACGUCGGCUUUGCCAACCUGCCCAACCAAUGGCACCGCAAGAGUGUCCGUAAGGGCUUCAACUUCAAUGUCAUGGUCGUUGGUGAAUCCGGCCUUGGAAAGUCGACCCUCGUCAAUACUCUCUUCAACACCUCCCUGUACCCUCCCAAGGAGCGCAAGGGACCCAGCCUCGACAUCCUCCCCAAGACUGUCCAAAUCCAGUCCAUCAGUGCUGACAUCGAGGAGGCCGGCGUCCGUCUCCGCCUGACGGUCGUCGACACCCCUGGCUUUGGUGACUUUGUCAACAACGACGAGUCGUGGCGCCCGAUUGUCGACAACAUUGAGCAGCGUUACGACGCCUACCUCGAUGCCGAGAACAAGGUCAACCGCAUGAACAUUGUGGACAACCGUAUCCAUGCCUGCGUCUUCUUCAUUCAGCCCACCGGCCACUCCCUGAAGCCCCUGGAUAUCGAGGUCAUGCGCCGUCUUCACACAAAGGUCAACCUCAUCCCCGUCAUUGCCAAGGCCGAUACCCUCACCGACGAGGAGAUUGCCAACUUCAAGUCUAGAAUUCUUGCCGACAUCAAGUACCACGACAUUCAGAUCUUCGAGGGCCCGCGCUACGAGCUUGACGAUGAGGAGACCAUCGCCGAGAACAACGAGAUCAUGUCCAAGGUUCCUUUCGCAGUGGUCGGUGCUACUAACGAGAUCACCAACGCCGACGGACGCAAGGUCCGCGGACGUAGCUACCCCUGGGGUGUAAUUGAGGUGGAUAACGAGGAGCACUGCGACUUCGUCAAGCUCCGCCAGAUGCUUAUCCGUACCCACAUGGAGGAGCUCAAGGAGCACACCAACAACAGCCUGUACGAGAACUACCGUACCGACAAGCUCAUCGGCAUGGGUGUGUCGCAAGACCCCAGCGUCUUCAAGGAGGUCAACCCUGCCGUCAAGCAGGAGGAGGAGCGCGCCCUGCACGAGCAGAAGCUCGCCAAGAUGGAGGCCGAGAUGAAGAUGGUCUUCCAACAGAAGGUCGCCGAGAAGGAGAGCAAGCUGAAACAGAGCGAAGAAGAGCUCUACUCCCGCCACAGGGAGAUGAAGGAGCAGCUGGAGCGCCAACGAAUGGAGCUCGAAGAGAAGAAGCAAAGAGUCGAGAGCGGUCGGCCCAUCGAAAAGGAAGGCAAGCGGAAGGGCUUCUCGCUCCGUUAA